AUGAACGGCGCAAAUCCGACUGCUCGCUCCAAGCGGAAGGAACCGCCUCAUACGAUUGACGGCCGUCAUCCGAAGCAUCACCGUCCUAAUGGGGACCUGUCUUCGGCCAGCGACAACACGCCGGACACACACGACGAAUUUGAGGGAGAAUUCGACGAGUACGAUGACCCCAGGCUGUCGGCCAUCCUCCCAACUGGCCCGGACACGGCUGAAUGGCAGGCAACCAUCCAGAACGUUGUGCGGAACGUCGUAUCGAUUCGCUUCUGCCAGACGUGUUCCUUCGACACGGAUCCCGCACUGACAAGCGAGGCGACAGGAUUCGUUGUCGACGCAGAGAGGGGAUACAUCUUGACCAACCGUCACGUUGUCGGCGCGGGUCCUUUCUGGGGCUACUGUAUCUUUGAUAACCACGAGGAAGUCGAUGCCUAUCCGGUAUACCGCGACCCGGUGCACGAUUUCGGCAUUCUCAAGUUCGACCCCAAGGCUAUCAAAUACAUGCCCGUGGCUGCCCUGCCAUUGCGACCUGAUCUUGCCAAGGUCGGCGUGGAGAUCAGGGUCGUUGGUAACGAUGCCGGCGAGAAGCUCAGCAUUCUCUCUGGCGUCAUCAGCAGAUUGGACCGAAACGCGCCAGAAUACGGCGACGGAUACAGUGAUUUCAACACGUGCUACUACCAGGCCAGUGCGGCAGCUAGCGGAGGUAGCUCGGGCAGUCCUGUCGUCAACAUUGACGGAUACGCUGUUGCCCUGCAGGCCGGCGGCAGGGCCGACGGUGCCUCAACUGACUACUUCCUGCCCUUGGAUCGGCCUCUACGCGCGCUGCAAUGCUUGCAGCAAGGAAAGCCAAUCACACGGGGUGACAUCCAGUGCCAAUUCUUGCUCAAGCCUUUCGACGAGUGCCGGCGGCUUGGCUUGACCCCCGAGUGGGAAGCACAGGUCCGCAAGGCGUUCCCGAAAGAGACAAACAUGCUGGUUGCCGAGAUUGUACUUCCGGAAGGUCCAUCUCACCACAAGAUCGAGGAAGGGGAUGUCUUGAUCAAGGUGAAUGACGAGCUGCUUACUCAGUUUAUUCGGUUGGAUGAGAUUCUUGACUCGAGUGUUGGCAAGCCAGUCAAGCUGCUGCUUCUUCGCGGCGGCGAGCCCAUCGAGGUCGAAAUCGAGGUCGGCGACCUGCACAAGAUCACGCCGGACCGCUUUGUAUCAGUUGCCGGCGGCAGUUUCCACAGUCUCUCGUACCAGCAAGCACGACUGUACGGCGUGGCUUGUAAAGGCGUGUACGUCUGCGAGGCCGGUGGCUCAUGGCGGUUCGACAAUUCGGAUAAUGGGUGGCUGAUCCAGUCCGUCGACCACAAAAAGACCCCGGAUCUCGAGACGUUUAUCGACGUGGUAAAAAACAUUCCGGACAAGGCCCGGAUCGUGGUCACGUACAAGCACCUGCGCGAUCUGCACACGCUGAACACGACCAUCAUCUAUGUGGAUAGACACUGGUCUAGUAAGAUGAAGCUGGCGGUCAGGAACGAUGAGACCGGGCUGUGGGACUUCUCUAACCUCGCCGACCCGCUUCCGCCGGUCCCUCCCGUGCCUCGUAAGGCAGCAUUCAUCCAACUUGAACACACUUCGCAUCCCGCCGUUGCCGAUCUGGUGCGGAGCUUUGUCCACGUCAACUGCACGAUGCCGAUGAAGCUGGACGGGUUCCCCAAGAACCGGAAGUGGGGCAUGGGGCUGGUCAUUGACGCCGACAAGGGUCUCGUGGUAAUAUCGAGAGCCAUUGUCCCGUAUGAUCUGUGCGACAUCAGCAUCACUAUCGCCGAUUCCAUCGUUGUCGAGGGCAAGGUUGUGUUCCUCCACCCGCUGCAGAACUACGCCAUCAUCCAGUACGACCCGAAACUUGUCGAUGCACCCGUCCUUAGCGCCAAGCUGAGCACUGAGGAGAUCACCCAAGGUGCGUCGACCUACUUUAUCGGUUACAACAGGAUCGGGCGCAUCGUCCAUGCUGCGACAACGGUAACCGAGAUCUUCGCCGUCACCAUACCCGCGAAUUCAGGAGCCCCCAGAUACCGCGCCGUCAACGUCGAUGCGAUCACCGUGGACACGAGCCUCAGCGGGCAGUGCGGGAGCGGUGUCCUCGUCGCUCAGGACGGCACUGUCCAGGCACUAUGGCUCACGUACCUCGGCGAGCGGAAUCCCUCCACCCACAGGGAUGAGGAGUACCACCUCGGCCUAGCUACCCCGACGUUGCUGCCGGUGGUGAAGCAGAUCCAGCAGGGUAUAGUACCCAAGCUGCGCAUGCUGUCUGUCGAGUUCCGCGCGAUCCAAAUGUCGCAGGCUCGGCUCAUGGGCGUGUCCGAGGAGUGGAUACACCAGGUCUCGCUGGCCAACACGGCUCAUCACCAGCUCUUCAUGGUGACAAAGCGCACUUUUGAGAGAAAUGAGCAGGAAGGCGGCGCUCUCCUCGAGGGCGACGUGCUUCUCACACUGAAUGGCAAGAUCAUUACCAAGAUUUCAGACCUGGACGUAAUGUACUCGCACGAGGUGCUCGACGCUGUUAUCGUGCGCGACUGCCAGGAAUUGCACCUCAAGUUGCCCACCGUGGCUGCCGACGACGUUGAGACGGAUCGCGCUAUCUCGUUCUGUGGCGCCAUUCUCCACCGUCCUCACCACGCCGUCCGUCAGCAAAUCAGCAAAUUGUUUAGUGAGGUGUACGUGUCAGCCAGGACCCGCGGCUCGCCCGCCUACCAGUAUGGUCUCGCGCCCACAAACUUCAUCACGCAUGUCAACGGCAAGCCCACGCCCGACCUCGAGUCGUUCCUCGCUGCUGUGAUCAAGAUCCCCGACAACACAUACUUCCGCCUUCGCGCCAUGACCUUUGACAGCGUGCCGUGGGUGGCAACCAUGAAGAAGAAUGAGCACUACUUCCCGACCAUGGACUUCAUCAAGGAUCCCACCGUGGAGUGUGGCUGGCGGCGCGUCACCUACGAAGGCGGCAAGGUCAUCCAGGGUGAGGGGCCCGAUGGCGUGAUCCCUGGCGCUGGGGAGAACACGGAUAUGGAUGUCGAUGUCGGCGUGUGUGCUUGA